AUGGGGUUUACUUAUGCCAUCUUGCUUGGAGCUGGUGAAAUUAUAGUAACUGUCUUUUUCUUGUUGCUUUCCUGGGCCAUUUAUUAUGAUCUCUCCAGGGCCAGCAUUCCCUCUGGAUUUGACCAUCCCUUGAAGCUUCGGAUCGUGCACUGGGGAUGCAUCAUAGCAUUCACUUUGGGCAAGAUCCUGGAGGUGCUGGGUUUCUGCAGGCAGGUCGCCUUCGUCCGCUUUGCGUUAUCCUUCAGGAGGGCAAGGCUGAGUCCUGGCCUCUCCGCCAAGGACCUGCUCUUUGAUGGGGUGCCCGUCAGGGUGUACCAGCCCAGUGUGCCUUCUGCCUGCCCACGGAGAGGAUUCGUUUUCUUCCAUGGAGGAGCUGGAAUUUUUGGAAGCAUUGUUAUGUACGAAGACAUUUGCAGUAAACUUGCCAAGGAGGGUGAUUUAGUCCUUGUGUCUGUUGGGUAUCGCCUGUCUCCGGAGCAUCCCUACCCCGCCCAGUGGAAGGACUGCUUCACUGCUACGGUGCACUUGCUGAAAAAGGUGGCGCUCUAUGGGGUGGAUCCCUGCCAGGUCAUCAUUGAAAUACUGGACAACAUUGUAGACUUUGUCAAACAUUUAUGA